AUGAGAUCCAACAAAAGUUUGCUUCAAAAUAAAUUACAAAUAAUAUCAGAUUUCGAUCGAACCAUAACUACUUCAGAGUAUAACAAUAAACAAACCAUGAGUAGUGUUUUUGAAGCGUGUGAUAGUCUAUCAGAAGAUUACAAAGAAAAAGCGCGAACACUAUUGCAAAAAUAUCGACCAAUCGAAGAUAACACACAAAUGACAGUUGCACAAAAGUUACCAUUUAUUGAAGAAUGGUGGCAUCAAAGUGAACUUUUGUUGAAAGGCCUGUGUUUCCAGUAUGAAGAUAUUAUUAAAUCUAUCAAGAAAGCCGACCUUCAUCUUAGAGAUGGGAGUGCUGAAGCGUUUAACAAAUUAUUCAGCAAAAAAAUACCCAUUAUUGUAUUAUCUGCUGGUAUUGGUGAUGUUGUUGAACUGAUACUAAUGCAUGAAAAUUUGUUUACUGAUAAUGUAUCAGUAGUGUCAAAUUUUUUGAAAAUGUCCAAAGAUAAUAAUGGCUUAUCCACAAUUGAAGGAUUCAAAGGACAAAAACUCAUACACGUAUUCAACAAAAAUGAACAUGCAUACAUCGAUUCACAUAAAAAUGAUACACAUUUAAGUGGGAGAUCCAAUGUUAUUCUUUUAGGUGAUUCGUUAGGAGAUGCAAAUAUGGAUGGUGGUAUCCAAUACGAUACUGUACUACGUAUAGGAUUUUUAAACGCCGAUUUGAUGGAACACGAGGAUGGGUAUUUGCAGCAAUAUAAACUUGCUUUUGACAUAGUUUUGGUUCAAGAUCAAACUAUGGGAUUGCUAAAUUAUUUAUUGGAUGAAAUAAUCGGAGUAAAAUCAAUGCCGUCUAAUAAAAGAUAA